AUGCGCGGUCGCGUUGGCAUAGAGGUGGAAUGCGCGGACGAUAGCGUGAUUUUUGCAAUACAAGUCCUGGAGCUGCUGCUUGCCGUUCCUGGAUUCAAGAAGAUCAUGCGCGCAGUUUUACGCUACAUGACGCGGUAUGAGCGGAUUGGAUUCUUCAGACGCCUCAUCAAUGGCGAAUGCGCGCAGGGAGGGGGAGAGGGCAAGCGAGCAGCACGAGAUCGACCGUUGAGGCGCCUCAAAAGAUGGAGCGCGGGGGUGGCGUUUGAGGCGAAUGCGUGCAGGGAGGGGGAGAGGGCGAGCAGGCAGCACGACAUCGACUGGCUCACCUGGCUCCAACGCACCCAGCCCUCUUUCCUCUUCAUCCUUUUUCCUUUCCCCUUCCCCUUCCUCCUCCCCUGUUUUCCCUUUUGCCCUCCUCCCUUCGCCCUACUCCCCUGCUGUCCCGUCCAUAUCAAAUCGCUCUCCUUCUCUGCCCUCCCACCACCCGUCCCUAUCUCACCCUCGCCACCCCUCCUGCUCUCACCCCUGCAACCACACCAGGCCCAUGAGAGUGCUCGUGUGAGCAUGCUGGAGCAGCAUCUCUCUGCUGGAGCAGCAUCUCUCUGCUGGAGCAGCAUCUCUCUGCUGGAGCAGCAUCUCUCUGCUGCUCCCGCUGCUGCUGCUGCUGCUUCGCCCCCUCUUCGCCCUGCUUCUGCUGCUCCCUUUGCCGCCGCCGCUGCCGCCGCUGCUGCUGGUGAAAGCUGGCUUGGGGAAGAGAACACUACCUCCGCUACAGGAGAAUCAACCGCAGCAGGGGAGGAGGGGGAUGCUGUCCCUCGGGCAACUCUUCAGUUGAGCAAGGAGGCACAGGCGGAAACGUCUUGCCAGGAAUCAGGCGAUCAGGCAUCAGGAGGGGAUCGAGAGGCAGAGACGAGCCAUGAGGACAGAGGCAGCCUUGUGGAUGGAGCAGAGGGGUGA